AUGGCGACUGGCACAACAGCUCAAUGUUUGAACUUGGCUGAUGCGGCCGAGGAGAAUGCCGCAGAGCUGCAGUUUCCCAAAGAAUUUGAAAACGCAGAGACACUGCUCAUUUCAGAGGUGAACCUUCUGCUUCAGCACCGCAUCAAGACCAAUGAAACAUCUGAAGAUGAACAAGAAUUUUCAGAAGUGUUCACCAAAACGCACAACUACACCACCCGAUUCAGCAGAUUCAACAACCGUGACACCAUCAACACCGUGAGAACUCUGCUAAAACAGAAGAAGCUGCACAAGUAUGAGCUGGCUCAGAUUGCAAACCUGGCCCCGGAGACACCAGAAGAGGCGAAAGGACUGAUCCCCAGUUUAGAAGGCCGAUUUCAGGACGAGGAGCUCGCCGCAAUGCUCGAUGACAUUCAGACACAACGAAGCAUUCAGUACUGA